AUGGGAGAACUACAAGACUGGUCGGUAACCACUUGUCUCCUCCUUUUAUUGUUUCAAGCGUCACAAAUCCAUUGCACGAGCCAAACACAUGUUUUAAACCGUCUUUUGUACCGCUCGAAGCGAGGGUUUGGUUCGUCGGUUGACACGAACCAUUUAAAUGCCAUCCGUCACUUAAGCGUGUCUUCACCCCAAAACACCAGCGGUGUUAACCAACAAGAGCAAAAGGAGAGAGAUCUAAUUGAGAAUCUGCCCGGACAGCCUUCAGUUAGUUUUAGACAAUAUGGCGGUUAUGUGACCGUGAAUGAGUCAGCAGGUCGAUCCUUGUACUAUUAUUUCGUGGAAGCCACCAAAACCAAAAAGUCUUUACCCCUUGUUCUAUGGCUAAACGGAGGACCUGGUUGUUCCUCCCUAUAUGGGGCAUUUCAAGAGCUUGGUCCAUUCCGCAUAUAUGGCGACGGCAAAACACUCUAUACCAAUCCUUAUUCAUGGAACAACGUGGCGAACAUAUUAUUCUUAGAAUCUCCAGUAGGAACGGGAUUCUCGUACACGAACACAGAGUCGGAUUUGGAGAAUCCCGGGGACAUGAAAGCAGCAGCUGAUAAAUACAUCUUCUUGGUGAAAUGGCUGGAGAGGUUUCCGGAAUAUAAAGGAAGAGAAUUUUACAUUGCUGGUGAGAGUUACGCCGGGCACUAUGUUCCACAACUCGCACAAACCAUCCUUGUUCAUAACAAGAACCAAAACUUCAUCAACCUACGUGGCAUUUUGAUUGGUAACCCGACUCUGAACGACAUAGUCGAAACAACGGGUUCGUUUGAUUAUUUAGUAAGCCAUGCUUUACUCUCACAAGAUAGUCUCCUUAGCUACAAGGAAAACUGCGCAACUGACACUCCAAAAAUGGAGGUGGAUUGCAUCGCAUUGAGUAUGAAAAUCGACGACGACAUAAAAAAAAUGAACCUAUACAACAUAUUGACUCCUACGUGCAUAAACGCCACGUUGACCCCGUUGACUAACCAAUCCAAAGAAUGCACCACUGUGCUGCAGUAUGAACCGUGCGGAAUGCAAUACAUAGCAGCUUACUUAAACCGGGAAGACGUUCAGCGUUCCAUGCACGUCACGAAAUUGCCGCACACGUGGAUGCUAUGUAAUGAAGCCACAGGAUUCAAUUGGAACCAGACGGAUUAUUCUGCAUCGAUGCUACCUAUUCUCAAAGAGCUGAUGAAACAUGAUCAACUUCGAGUCUGGGUGUACACUGGCGACACGGAUACGGUGAUUCCGUUGACAGUUACAAUGCACGCUCUGAAGAUGAUGAAUCUAACGGCUGUUACGGACUGGCUUCCGUGGUUUAGUGAAGGACAGGUGGGAGGUUUCACAGAGGAAUACAAAGGCAAUUUUAGAUACGCCACAGUGAUAGGAGCUGGUCAUGAAGUUCCUCUUUACAAACCUAAGGCUGCUCUUACUCUUUUUAAACAUUUUAUCCGCAACUCUCCUCUCCCUCUUACCCCUUGAUCAUCUAUACACUUUGUAACAACACCACAACACUCUUUUUUCUUUUUUCUUUUUCACAUUCAUGUAAUUAUU